AGUCGGAAGCGCAAGAGGGAGGGGGAGGCAUUCGAUCGAAGCAACUUCCCCCAUUUCUCUUCAGUCUCCUCUGUUAUAAGUAGCAGCAGCAGCAGCAGCAGCCUGACACGAAGCAGAAGCGAAGAAAGACGAUGAUGAUGGAAAGAGAAGUGUUCGGAAAACUAGGCACAGCCUUCACUGGGCUGAUGAUAAUCUGGGCGAUGUUCAAGCAAUACUUCCCCUUUAGAAUUCGAGACGAAAUUGAGAAAUACGCUCACAAAUUGGUGAGCCUGGUUUACCCCUACGUUAGGAUCACUUUCCACGAAUUUCCCGGCGACGGGUUCGAGCGGAGCAAGGCUUACGCCAACAUCCAGAGGUAUCUGGGCGCCAACUCCACGACGACGGCGAAGCGGCUCCGGGCAGACAUGGUGAGCGACUCGCACUCGCUGGUGCUUAGCAUGGAUGACCAUGAGGAGAUCUCCGACCGCUUCAGAGGCAUCAAGACUUGGUGGGCUUCCAGCAAGAAUCUUCCCAGCAACCAGACCAUCUCAUUCUAUCCCAACGAAGAAGAGAGAAGGUAUUAUGCACUCUCUUUCCACAAGAAGCACCGGGAAACCAUCACGAAGCUUUACUUAAAGCAUGUAAUGGAAGAGGGGAAGGCCAUCGCCGUGAAGAACAGAGUGAGGAAGUUGUACACCAACAACAAGAGCGAACACUGGUAUGGAUACAAAAGAAGCACAUGGAGCCAUGUGAUGUUCGAGCACCCUGCAACUUUCCAGACUCUGGCUAUGGACCCGAAGGAGAAGCAAGCGAUCAUCGACGAUCUUCUCACUUUCCAAAAUGGGAAGGAUUACUACACCAAGAUUGGCAAGGCAUGGAAGAGAGGCUAUCUUCUCUAUGGCCCUCCAGGGACCGGUAAAUCCACCAUGAUUGUCGCCAUGGCCAAUCUUCUGGAUUACGAUAUCUAUGAUCUGGAGUUGACUUCAGUGAUGAACAACACUGAACUGAGGAAGCUGUUGAUCGACACGACAAGCAAGUCCAUUAUAGUCAUCGAGGAUAUCGAUUGCUCGCUCGAUCUCACCGGCCAGAGGCAAAAGGAGAAAAAAGAGAAGAAAGAAGAGGAGAACCAGAUUAAAAAGAAGAUGAAAGAGCGAGAUCAUGAGAAGAAAGAGAGCGAGGUAACUCUAUCCGGGCUCUUGAACUUCAUCGACGGGUUGUGGUCCGCUUGCGCCGGCGAGAGGCUCAUCGUCUUCACCACGAAUUUCCUCGACAAGCUGGAUCCGGCGCUGAUACGAAGAGGCCGAAUGGACAAGAAGAUAGAACUUUCAUACUGCGGCUUUGAAGCGUUCAAGGUGCUGGCCAAGAACUACCUGGACAUUGAAUCCCACCAUUUGUUCCCGACGGUUCGCCGGUUGUUGGAGGAAACCGACACGACACCGGCGGAUGUUGCAGAGAAUUUGAUGCCGAAGUCCAAAGAAGAGAAUGCCGAGACUUGUCUGGAGAAUUUGAUCAAAGAGCUGGAGAUGGCGAAGGAAAAGGCAAAGAUGAAAGCUCAAGAAGAAGAAGAAGAGAAGAAGAAGAAAAAAGAAGAAGAAGAAGAGAAGAAGGGGAAGAAAGAAAAAGAAGAAGAAGAAGAAGAAGAAGAGAAGGGGAAGAAAGAAGAAGAAGAAGAGAAGGGGAAGGAAGAAGAAGAAGAGAAGAAGGGGAAGAAAGAAGAAGAAGAGAAGGGGAAGAAAGAUGAAGAAGAAUAGGAAGAUGCAGAAGAGGAGAAAAGAUAAAAAGGAGGUUUUAGUAAGAGGUGAGCCCCUUUUAUGUUGUUCAGCUGCACGAUUGCUUUAUUAUCAACCAACCCAUUGUUUCUGCAUUCUCUCGUUUCAUUGUUUCUCAGAAUUUGGUGUCACUGUUAUAUAUGUUAGUGUUAGGAUUUGUGAUUCAAAAUAUAUUGAUAUGUUAUAUUGUUUUAUAAAUCAAUUCAUGUAAUUGUUAUAUGGCAUAUAGUGUUAUAUUUUGAUGUUAAAUAAAUGAAUAUAUUUUACA